AUGUUCAAGAAGAAGCCCACCAUCAAGAAUCUAUCCCCGCUGCGGUCUUCCGAUCGGAGGAAGAUCGCAGACCAGAUUAUCAAAGACUACCAGAUAUCCGUCCCUUCAAACCCGACCGAAACACCUGGUGGACCAUUAGAAACAACAUCCGCGUCAACCCCAAAUCUCACCUCUAUCCGGAAUGCCCUCCUUCCUGAGAACUCGUUGACUGCCCGCUUUACAACCACUGCCGGACCGGAUCUACGCGAGGUGCAGGGUAUUGUCUACGUUGGGACACACCCAGGUGAAGACGAACGCGUGCUGUGGUUCAAGGUGGAACAUGGACCCGGGUCAGACAAGAGGCUAUAUCCAACCGUGUACACCCUAUGGCACAACUCCAACCUCGUUCCUCUGCUCUAUACGCCGGAGAUGGUUAUGGGAAAGCUACAUGGCGGUGCCGACUUGAUGACUCCAGGUCUAGCAAACGAGCCGCCUUUCCCGGAACGUGCUGUGAAGGGGGCAGUUGUUGCGGUUGCGAGCCUGAAUCGAGAUACCGUCCCGUUAUUUGUGGGUGUCUGUGAGAUUGAUGUCUCGGCAUUGGGCGAAGUUCAAGGGACCAAAGGACAUGCUGUUCGAGGCCUCCAUUGGGAAGGUGAUGAGUUGUGGGCUUGGAGCUCAUCCUCACGUCCUGGUCGGCUGGCGCCUGAAUAUCUGAAGGGCUGGGACGAGGAUGAAGGGUCAACAACUGAAAUGGAAGAAGCGGUUGCUGACUUGGCAAUCGAGGAGAAGGAACGGGCUCCUGAGACUGAUGAUCUGGAUCAGGUCCCAGGCGAGGAAGCCGCGUUUACUGAAGAUACACCAGUGGAGGAAGAGAAAGAACCUACAACAAAAGAUAUCGAUGAUGCAUUUGUCAAGGCCUUCAUAUUUUCUCUCUAUAAACUGAAGCAGGACAACCCCACGGCUCCUAACCAUGGCUUGACUCUGCCUGUAUCCCCUUCAAUUUUGAUUGCCAAUCUCAUCACACCCUACCUCCCAAUAUCCUCAUCCCAACAGGCACAAUAUUACAACAUAAAGAAAACCAGUUGGAAAAACGUCAAGAAAUUCAUCAAGCAUCUCGAUAAACUGCAAUUGGUGAAAUCCAAAGAUCGGAGUGGCCAGGAAACCUUCAUCAUGGAUAUUGAUUUUGGUGACCACCGCGUGGAGAGAUUUGUGCCUUACAAGCUCCCGUCGCGAACAACACUCCUCGAGAACAGCGACAAAGCAGCGGCAUCGGAGGGCAAGAAACCGGCUGCAACUGCAACUGGCGAUGGCGCCGAUCCAUCCGUGGGCCAAACGCUAACCGUGCAGACCCUGUACCGGCCAACAAACAAACUGAUGCCGGAUAUCUUCCCAGCACUUUCAUCCGGUAACCUCCAAAAUUAUUACAAAUACUCCGAAAUCUCCACCCAUCUGGAUCGGUAUCUCCAGUCUCAGGAUCCGCCUCUCGUCUCUAAAGAAAACCGCCGCAUCAUCAACCUCAACCCUUUCCUUGCCAACACCAUCUUCACAUCUUCCUCAUCAGAGGACCAAGGGACGUUGAAGCGUGGCAAAGUCACCCGCGAUGGUCUUCUCAAGCGCAUCGUGGAAGACCGCAGCUUGCUGCAGCCGCACUACGCCAUCUUGAAGCCUGGCCAAACCCUCGCAGACGUGAAGCCCAAAGCUGGCCCCACACCCAAAGCCCUCGUGGUACUCGAGAAGCGCACGGGCUCGAAGACGGUGACAAAGGUCAGCAACCUGGAGAUCUUUGGCAUCAUCCCGACCCUGUUGGCAGAGGAGCUGCAGAAGAAGUGUGCGAGCAGCACGAGCGUCACGCAGGCCACUGGUGCGCCGAAGGGGGUGAUGGAGGUUCUGGUGCAGGGUGAUCAGCGCAAGGUUGUUGAUACGGCGCUCACGCGUCGGGGGUUGAAGAGUCAGUGGGUAGAUGUGGUAGAUAAGACCAAAAAGAAGAAAUAG